UCAGUUUCCACUCGUAAUAACGGUGUCGUUUAAAGCCAGGGUUUAUUAUUGAGCCUGAUUGCUUCGUGCGCCGUUCUCCCUCUCCCGCUCCCUCUCCCUCAAAGUUUUCUCCGAAACCCUAAGACCAAAAGAUGACAAGCGCUUGGAGAAAAUUGAGCAUUGCAAUCAUACAUAGGGAUAUAGAGAGGGAAUGGGAGAAUCUGGGUGGAGUUAUGUGUAUUAUAUAUUAUUAUUGGAGAUUCUUGCUCACUCUUAGAAGAUCUAUACAUCUGCUAAUAUUCUGGAGAGGAUGAGGAGGUCAAAUUUUAUUUUCAAUAUUAUUAUAGCAUUGGAGCAUCUUGGAGCAAAUGAGCAAUGGAGCUUGUGGAGUACGGCUCACCUCGAGGAUUGCUCUCUUGUUGGUAAUCUGCACUAUUUCAAGUGUCGGAUAUGAGUGGUCGUUUUUCUCGCUCAAUCUAUGUUGGCAACCUGCCUGCAGAUAUAAGAGAAUCUGAAAUUGAAGAUCUAUUCUACAAGUAUGGCCGUAUAUUGGAUAUUGAAUUAAAGAUUCCGCCCCGCCCUCCGUGUUAUUGUUUUGUGGAGUUUGAUAGUACUCGGGAUGCAGAAGAUGCAAUUAGGGGUCGUGAUGGCUAUAAUUUUGAUGGUUGCCGUCUAAGGGUUGAACUUGCCCAUGGUGGUAGAGGGUCAUCUUCAAGUGAUCGUCGUGGUGGCUACAGCGGCGGUGGUGGCGGAGGUGGCGGCGGCGGUGGCGGCGGUGGCGGUGGCAGUAGUGGGGGCCGAUUUGGUGUCUCACGCCAUUCUGAAUAUCGAGUUAUUGUUCGUGGGCUUCCUUCUUCUGCUUCCUGGCAAGACUUGAAGGAUCAUAUGCGUAAAGCUGGUGAUGUAUGUUUUGCGGAGGUAUCCCGUGACAGUGAAGGGACCUUUGGCAUUGUUGAUUACACUAAUCACGAUGACAUGAAAUAUGCUAUCCGUAAACUCGAUGACACCGAAUUCAGAAAUCCUUGGGCAAGAGCUUAUAUUCGGGUGAAGAAGUAUGAGAGCAGUAGAAGCCGCAGCCGCAGCCGAAGUAGAAGCCGCAGCCAAAGUAGGAGCCGCAGCCGAAGCAGAGGUGAAAGAAGGGACAGGAGUAAAUCACUGGAGCGCUCUAUUUCUCGAUCGGUAUCAAGGUCCAGAUCUGCCUCUCCUGUCAAAUCUUCCAGGCCAAGAUCAAGAUCGAGGUCAGGAUCUCCCCACCAGGCACGGUCGGGUAGUGGCUGAUUGAUAUCCAUGGACCAUGCAAUUGAUGUUAAAACUCUUCCAGACAUUUGGUAGAGGAGUUUGAGUGGAAAUUUUACUAGAUUUUUACAUGGUUUUGGUUGGAAUGUAUUAAUGAUGAUGCUUAGUAGACUAGGUGUGCGUUGCAUCGCUUGAUACCUCUUGAAAUAUUUGGUCCUGCAAACUGGUUAUUUUGCCUGUUUCUUUCCUUUCUAUUUAGGCUGUUAUCUGCCUAGCAUCCAUAUUUUAGGUACUUACUGUCCAGGAGAUUUGUGACUUCUUACCUAUUGUGAGUGGCACUUUCGUUGGUUUGCAAUUCUAAUGUUUGUCAUAUAAUUGAUGAGGUCAUAAUCUCUGAUUUUGGCCUAUUUAGUCUUGUGAUGUA